AUGGCUAGUUACAUCGGCAUUAUCCCUACGUUCACACCGGACAGUGACUUCACGAUUUUCGAAGAAAGGUUCGAACAGUUCUGCCUCGUGAACAAAAUCGUGGACGAAAAAUGCAAAGUUGCCCUGUUGCUAAGUCAGAUGGAAACGGAUGUAUACAAGAUACUUCGCGAUUUAUCAUUUCCAAUUCCACCCAAGGACAAGUCUUUAGAAGAGCUGAAAAAGGAGCUCCAAAAGCAUUUCAGUCCAAAAGUAAACGUGUUUAGGGAACGAAUUCAGUUCUUCCGAGCCCACCAAACCACCGAAGAAAGUUCUAAUGAAUGGUAUGCAAGAUUAAAAAAUCUCGCGGUCAACUGUAAGUUUGAGCACCUCCAAGAGACACUGGUUGAUCGGUUCGUGUCGGGAAUGCGAGAGGGACCCGUUAUGGACCGACUAGUGGAAGAACCAGUCAGUCAAAGUCUCGAGAAGUUAAUCGAAAUUGCCAACAGCAAGGAGUUGGCGUUAGCGUACACCACUGGUAAAGGAAGCGAGGACAGAAUUAAGGCAGUAUACAGUGGUCACAGUAAACUAGGCAACUUCCGGGGAAGAAACCAACACAAACCCAGAAAACCAAAUGCAAAUCGAAUCAAAAGAUAUGCUUUGUAUUUCUCCAAUUUCGACUUCGUAAUUGAACAUAUAAAAGGAAGCGAUAACGUAGUGGCAGACUGCCUGUCACGAUUGCCAUUACAGGAAGUUGUGGACCAUGAAGAGCAUAUCGAUAGUAAUAUUUAUUUUGCGAAUCUUGAAGUACCUCUAGAUAACAUGAUGGUUCGUGAAGAAACUAUAAACGACCCUGUCCUAAAAAAGAUAGCACGUUUCGUUCAAACACAGUGGCCUAAUAGAAUUGAUGAGGAAAUAAAGGCAUAUCACAAUCGUAAGUUAGAUUUGUAUGUAGAAAAUGAUUGUUUGUAUUAUGGUGACCGCAUUGUAAUACCAUCCAGCAUGCAAGACAUAGUAUUAACAGAGCUACACGCCACGCACGAAGGGAUAGUGCGGACGAAGUCAAUGGCUAGAUCUUACUUGUGGUUCCCAGGUAUAGAUAAGCGAAUAGAGACUAUGUGCAAAGCAUGUGCACCAUGCUUGUCUGUAGCAGCACAUCCCCCAAAAACAAACAUUCCAUGGCCUGAAGCUAGCAUCCCAUUUUCAGUAGUACACAUAGAUUUCUUCUCAUUCAAAGCAAGGGAUUAUUUGGUAAUUAUUGACAGCUGUACAAAAUGGAUCGAGGUUUACUCAAUGAAAAACAUAACCUCCAAAACUACCGUCGAAAUGUUACGCGAUUGUUUUUCGAGGUUCGGACUACCACGAACAAUAGUAUCAGAUAACGGUCCAACCUUCGUGUCUGAAGAAGUUGAAGUGUUCUUUCAUAGAAACGGCAUCAAGCAUUUGACAAUCUCACCCUAUAAUCCACAAAGCAAUGGUCUCGCAGAAAAUGCUGUAAAAACUGUGAAAAACAAAUUAAAGGCCGCACUAGUAGACGAAAAAAAUAAAGACGUGCCAAUAUCUACAUUGUUGGCACGAUUUCUAAUGAUUAACAGAAAUACUCCACAUACGACAACAGGCAUUUCGCCAGCUGAAGCCAUGUUUGGUAGAAAGUUGCACACCAGAGUGAGCAUGUUGAAAGAGAAGAAACCCUAUUUGACAAACACUAACAAAACACGGGCCGAGCGCGAAGUACGGAGUUACAAGGUCAAUGAUAAAGUAAUCGUUAGAGACUACAGGUCAACAAAUAAAUGGAUGGAAGCUACGAUAGUUAAUAAGAUAGCAAAUGCGACGUAUAUGUGCAAAACUAAGAUCGGAAUGAUUUGGAAAAGACACCCAAAUCAAAUUAAAGGGAGGAUAGAGGCAGUCAGCAAUAAAGCGGACGAAAACGUCAGUAUCAAAACAAAUGCACCAACGACCAGGGUCGGUAUUCCAAUAAAAUACCCUAAUCCUUCACCAAUUCCCACCACUCCUGAUAUUCCUCCAGGUAGCUCAGCCUCUCCGGGUCCCUCUGCAGAAUCUGGAAUAGAGCCUGAAAUUUCACACCAUGUUCCAGAUCGAAGUUUGCCGGAUGCACACGUUGAGCCAGCCAGCAACCCGAGAACAAAUCAUAAUAGACCUAUCAGAAUUGUGAAGCUGCCUAACAAAUUCACAGACUUUGUUAUGGACGAGCGCUAG